AGGCUUUAAAAUCUUUUUUCAUCUUCGAGCUGUAGCUCGGGCUGCUCUUCGGCUCGGCCUCCCCCCUUUUGCUCUCUGCCUCGCCUUUCCCCAGGACUUCGCUAUUUCGCUUUAAAAAAAAAAAAAAAGGCAAGAAAGAACUAAACUCCCCCCUCCCUUUCCUCCAGCCGGGCUGCACCUCUGUCUUGCACUUUGCACGGAGAGAGCGCGCGAGGGAGAGAGAGAGGAAAGAAAAAAAAAUAAUAAUAAUAAUAAGAGCAGGCAGAAGAGAAGGCGAGAAGCAUGAAGUGUUAACUCCCCCGUGCCAAGGCCCGCGUCGCCGGACAGCCGCCCGCCGCGCCUCCAACCCCGAGCGGCCGCCGCGCGCGCCCCGCCUGCAGCCCGGGCCGGCGAGGCGAGCCCUCCUUAUGCAAAGCGCGCUGCGGAGCGGCGAGCGGGGGACGCCGCGCACCCGGCCGGGCUCCUCCGGCUUCGCCGCCGCCGCCGCCACCGCAGCCCGCGGAGGACCUUCCCGAGCCUGAAGCCGCCAGCUCGGCACGCACGGAGGCGAGCAGGCGAGGAGGGGCCGGGGCGAGCGAGCGAGCACAUUGGCGUGAGCAGUGGGGAGGGAGGGCGGGCGCGGGGGGCGCGGGCAGGGCGGGGGGUGUGUGCGCGCUCGGAGGUUUCGGGCCAGCCACCGCCGCGCGAGCUAGAAGCGCCCCAGCCCGGCAAGCUGGCUCACCCGCUGGCCACCCAGCACAGCCCGCUGGCCCCUCUCCUGCAGCCCAUCUGGCGGAGCGGCGGCGGCGGCGGCGGCGGCGGCGGCAGGAGAAUGGCAUCAGAACUGGCAAUGAGCAACUCCGACCUGCCCACCAGUCCCCUGGCCAUGGAAUAUGUUAAUGACUUCGAUCUGAUGAAGUUUGAAGUGAAAAAGGAGCCGGUGGAGACCGACCGCAUCAUCAGCCAGUGCGGCCGUCUCAUCGCCGGGGGCUCGCUGUCCUCCACCCCCAUGAGCACGCCGUGCAGCUCGGUGCCCCCUUCCCCCAGCUUCUCGGCGCCCAGCCCGGGCUCGGGCAGCGAGCAGAAGGCGCACCUGGAAGACUACUACUGGAUGACCGGCUACCCGCAGCAGCUGAACCCGGAGGCGCUGGGCUUCAGCCCCGAGGACGCGGUCGAGGCGCUCAUCAGCAACAGCCACCAGCUCCAGGGCGGCUUCGAUGGCUACGCGCGCGGGGCGCAGCAGCUGGCCUCGGCGGCCGGGGCCGGCGCCGGCGCCUCCCUGGGCGGCAGCGGCGAGGAGAUGGGCCCCGCCGCCGCCGUGGUGUCCGCCGUGAUCGCCGCGGCCGCCGCGCAGAGCGGCGCGGGCCCGCACUACCACCACCACCACCACCACCACGCCGCCGGCCACCACCACCACCCGACGGCCGGCGCGCCCGGCGCCGCGGGCAGCGCGUCAGCCUCGGCCGGUGGCGCGGGCGGCGCGGGCGGCGGUGGCCCGGCCAGCGCCGGGGGCGGCGGCGGCGGCGGCGGAGGCGGAGGCGGCGGGGGCGCGGCGGGGGCGGGGGGCGCCCUGCACCCGCACCACGCCGCGGGCGGCCUGCACUUCGACGACCGCUUCUCCGACGAGCAGCUGGUGACCAUGUCGGUGCGCGAGCUGAACCGGCAGCUGCGCGGGGUCAGCAAGGAGGAGGUGAUCCGACUGAAGCAGAAGAGGCGGACCCUGAAAAACCGUGGCUAUGCCCAGUCCUGCCGCUUCAAGAGGGUGCAGCAGAGACACGUCCUGGAGUCCGAGAAGAACCAGCUGCUGCAGCAGGUCGACCACCUCAAGCAGGAAAUCUCCAGGCUGGUGCGCGAGAGGGACGCGUACAAGGAGAAAUACGAGAAGUUGGUGAGCAGCGGCUUCCGAGAAAACGGCUCCAGCAGCGACAACCCGUCCUCUCCCGAGUUUUUCAUGUACCCAAGGGAAUCCUCUGCCUCAGUGAUGUGAAAAACCCUGUUGCCUGAAGUCAAAGAGAUGUUCCUGACAUUGGCUAAGACCCAUCCGGAUGCAACCAAGCCUUACAGAGCUGCCUCGGGGCAGGGCAGGUGGGACACAGACGUAGGGGAGAGGCCCGUUUGUAGCUUUCCUGUCGCCUGUGGGAGAAGCUGAUGGAACUUGUAUAAAUAGCACUUCCUGGGUUCUAAGUACCCAUCAGUUUGUUUGUUUGUUUGUUUUCUCUCCCUCUCUCUCUAGUCUUACAAUUAGCUGAGUGAACAUGUUUUAUCCUGACUGUACCCAUGCCAAUAUGAAUCCCAACAAAUGUAAGGAAGGCUUCAUUGUUUUAUGAACUGGGAUAAAAACAAAACAAAACAAAAACGGAACAAAAAAACCAGGAGAAGUAUUCAGAAAUCUUGUUUUUAUUUUGUAUAACUUGACCUCCCAUGUUGCCCGUAAUCAUCCAGAGAAAUAAAACGCAAGCAUGGUUUCCUGACGCCCUGUGUCAAUGUGGGUGCCUUAGCACGGCUAUUUAACUCAAACAGAAAAUUAAAUCUGUCAUAACCGUUUCCCUUGCAGAGCCCAUCAAAUAUUUUAACAGAAAUGGUGAAUCAGGUGUUGUCAUGCAAAGGACAUGUGAAAACACACAGACUGUAAGUUCCAAAUUCUUGGUGCCUCAGUUUAGAGAGCCCAAGUGAGAACAGUGGCUGGUCUUGACUCUGUCUUCAUUACAGGCCCCUCGGGGCUUCUCAAUACUCAGUUUCUCCCGUACAUCCUCCAUCCCCCACGGCAGCAAGGAGCAGAAUGCUGUCCUGUAUGCUGAUUUGGAGCGGACCCAUCCAUCACAAGUUCCAUGAGUAUGUCUUAAGCGAAUUACGUCAACAUAUUUGUUGGCACUGAGAAAAAAAGGUGGGGAGGGGGGGAGAAUAAUUUCAUUUCAAGUGUUUAUUACACGGACUUACCUAAUUGUUUGUUGUUGUUUGUUUAUUUAGGUCAUGCUCCCACACAAUCACCAUCCAUACCCCCUUCCCCUAGUCUGCCUACUGUUUUUCUUUCAGUGGGUGCUGGCUGGCUACUGAGCUGAUUUAAUCAAUUAAUUAUAGCAGAGCAGGUGCAGGGUAACUACCCUGAUGAUGCCAUAUGAAGUCAUAUUUUCAGUGAGCCCUAGCAUACAACUGAAGGGGCAACUUAAAGAAAUUAUGCAUUAAGAGGGGAAAAAAAGGAAGAAAGAGUUUUGGUAAAAUUACAGUGCUCAUUACUUAACACCAAGUGAUGCUCCUGAAAGAGCAUCCGUGCUAAAAAGCACUCGUUCAGUCUACCAGAAGGCCAGAUUUACUGCUGCCGUUCACAGACGCCAAUGAGGAGACCCUCAUCACCUGCCUGUUGCUGAGUCUUCCGUUUCCUCCAUCCAAAAAUUGCUGUAAAGUUGUUGUUCAGUGUCUGCAUUUUGGGGUUUUCCUGGCACCUAAUGAAAUUAUCGGCAAUAAAUGAGCUAAGCAGAA